GAAGAGGAUGAAGAGGAGUUGAAGGGGAAGGGUUAAAGAGGAUGAUGAUGGCAACAUCCGCCCUUUGCUCCCUCAUCCAGCGUUCCCACCUACAAGUUUUGGCAGAGAUGGGAACAAGUGUCUCCCCUGUUCCUGCUGGCGCUUUUUUGGAGACCUCUGCGCAUCAAGUGGAACAUGCUGAAGAUGGUCUACCCUCAGCCUCUCAAAGGUCAAAAAAGUCUGCUCCUUCAACCUCAGGCCUUGGCUUCUCCACAAAUAGAAGCAGGGAAGAGAGCGACACGGUGCAGGCAAGUACGAAAAAGCAGAAGUGGAAUUGUGAGGACAGCCACAAUGAGUUGGCGGCCUCGACUUCAAGCCUCGGCUUCUCCACAAAGAGGAGCAGGGAAGAGAACAACACAGAGGAGGUAAGUAUGAAGAGGCAGAAGUGGAAUUGUGAGGACAUCCAUGAGUUGGCUCCUUCGACUUCAGGCCUCGCCUCCUACAGGAGCAGGGAAGACAGCCACAGGGAAUCAGCCCCCCCUGCUGAAGAUGGUCUACCCUCAACCUCUCAAAGGUCAAAAGAGUCUGCUCCUUCAACCUCAGGCCUUGGCUCCUCCACAAAGAGAAGCAGGGAAGAGAGCAACACGGUGCAGGUGAGUAUGAAAAAGCAGAAAUGGAAUUGUGAGGACAGCCAUGAUGAGUCAUCGGUCUUGACUUCGGGCCUCGGGUCCUACAUGAGCAGAGAAGACACCCACAGGGAGUCAGCCCCCUCCACUUCAGGCCUCGCUUCCCAGAGGAGCAGGGAAGACAGCUACAGGGAGUCAGCCCCCUCCACUUCAGGCCUCGCUUCCCACAAGAGCAGGGAAGACAGCUACAUGGAGUCAGCCCCCUCCACUUCAGGCCUCGGCUCCUACAGGAGCAGGGAAGACCGCUACAGGGAGUCAGCCCCCUCCCCAUUCAGGAAAUACUGGAUGGGCCCUUUUGAUUACCUGAGAGGAACUGAAGACAGUGACUCUGAUUAGGACAGAGUUUUGGACUGUUUGCUGCAGGAUUUGAAAUUAGAUUAGACACCGACACAGACACACAGACACACAGACACACAGAACACGACACACAGACCACACACACAGACACACAGACACACAGAACCACACACACACACACACACACACACGCACAGUGACAGAUUACCAGUGCCUUAUCCAGGAGUACUUGUUCUUUCAUUUUUAAACUAAGCUGUAGAUGCCUAUACAAGAGGUAAGUUAAAAAUGACAGCAUUAGCUAUGCAAAAAAUAAUUACUAACAUUAAUUAAAGUCCCCAGCUAAUUAUCUUCUUUUCAUAUUCUAUUAGACUAAACAUUCAGGAUCUCCUUGACGACAGAGAAGACGUGUCUACUCCGGACCAGAUGAGAGUGAUGGAUGACCACAGGACCAGCAGGAGAGCGGCAGCCGCCUUUCUUUCAGUCUGCUAAGACAGGACUCACACCCCGGGCAGCAGAGAGUAGACGUCAACCAACCAAUCACCCCAGGCAGACCACUGACCCACUCUCAGAACCUGCUCCCAGGCACCAAGCCCUGUCUGAAGACCCAAUGAGGACAGUUCCACCCCAACCCCCACCUACACCACCUUCACCUGCCAAGAGGAUGAUGACCGCCCCAGCCCGACCAGCACAGGCGACGUUGUUACCGUCUGCUUCUUCUUCUGUGGGUCCGGGAUGCUCUUCACAUACACAGGAAGCUGUCACCACAGACACUUGAGACUGAAUGAAAAUAUAAUUAGUUUAAACUGUUUAUCUCUGAACCAGUGUGAAUGAUUACCGUCCUGUGGCCCUCACCACGGUAAUCAUGAAGUGCUUCGAGAGACUUGUUCUCCAACACAUCAAGAACUACCUCCCCCCCGAUCUGGACCCCUAUCAGUUUGCCUACCGCACGAACAGAUCCACAGAGGAUGCCAUCGCCGUAGCUUCCACUCUGCGCUGAGUCACUUGAAGCAGCAGCAGAGCUACGUCCGGAUGCUCUUUGUGGGUUACAGCUCCGCUUUUAACACAAUCAUCCCGGACAUUCUCAUCUCCAAACUAGUCACUCUAGGCCUCCCCCCUCUCACUUGUGCCUGGAUAAAGGACUUCCUCACAAAUCGGCUCCAGACGGUGAGACUGGGCCCCCACCUCUCCUCCACUCACAUGUUGAGUACUGGCUCCCCACAGGGCUGCUUGCUGAGCCCCCUCCUGUACUGCCUCUACACCCACGACUGCAGUCCCGCCCACAGCAACAACCUACCGACCUGGACUCCAACCUGCUGCUGACCUUCUACCGCUCCUCAUCGAGAGCCUGCUGACCUACUACAUCACUUUUUUGUACGGCAGCUGCACCGUGGCAGACAGGAGAGGCUGCAGGGUUGUAAGGUCAGCACAAAGAUCAUUGUCUGCCCUCUCCCCUCCCAUGAUGGACAUCA